GGUGGUAAGCAAAGGAUAAUUUAUCUUCUAAUUUAUGCCUCUUGGCAUCAUACCAUAACCUGACCGCACUGCAUAGCUGCGAGGUCGGAGAAGGGCUGUUCACAUUGCACUAGGAGAUACUGAUGCACCAUAACCCUAACUCAAAAGCAGUACUAUUAUCUAGGCCGAGAUGUGGGUGCCCAUUGCGGUUACUGGAGCGGACUUGGAGUUUUGCCGUAGGAAUCAAAGGCUUCUCCUCUCUGGGCAUCAGCUGGACAUUGGCUGUUUACCUAUUUUCCCAUUUUUCGGUGCACUAAUAUACCUAGUAGGGACAAUUUGCCCAUGCCUUCUUCCACACUAUCGGACUCAGCAAGUAUUGAGAAUUCCGCUCGUUAAAGGGGGAUCGGAAAUGGUGAGGGGGCCAUGGUGUUCGACUGCAGCUCAAUUAACACGCUGAAUAGGUAUUGUGGGAGGAAUUAUGCUCGUGUCUGAUCUGGAUCUCUUAUAAAAUUUUGAUAACCGUUAGAAACGAAUGAUAUGAUUCCCUUUAA